AUGGGCGUAAAAUCAGGGAUAGGGCAAAACUUAAACCAAGUUAAUUACAACCCACUUCCGACUAUUGAAGAAAACCCAAUAUUUAUUGGAGAAGAAGAAACCGGUAUCGAACAGCCAUUUCCAGACGAAGAGCCAUUGCGUGUCUUUUCCGGAUUCCUUUCGGAUGAGAACCUCAAGCCUUAG